GCGCGCGCGUUUGGUUUUCGGGUUCCCGAUUCCCCAAAAUAACAUGUCGUCUUCGGAGGCUGUAAUGACUUCCACUACAGCCUCUGGUUCGACCGAAUCUAGAUUACCUUCCUCUCUUCAACCUCAACCAGAGAAGCCUUUCCACUAUACGUACUUGAAGGAGUUUCGAGUAGAGCAGUGUCCUCUUUUCCUCCAGCACAAAUGUACAGCUCACAGACCUUUCACUUGUUUUCACUGGCAUUUUAUGAAUCAAAGACGGAGAAGACCAAGGAAAAAAAGAGAUGGUACAUUCAAUUAUAGUCCUGAUGUUUACUGCACUCAGUAUGACGAAACGACGGGAAUUUGCCCUUCGGGAGACGAAUGUCCUUACUUACAUCGAGUUGCUGGCGAUGUUGAACGUCGCUAUCAUCUUCGCUAUUACAAAACUGCUACCUGCGUAUACGAGACUGACUCACGGGGAUAUUGUGUAAAGAAUGGACCUCACUGUGCUUUCGCACACGGACCUCACGAUCUACGACAACCAGUUUAUGAUGUUAGGGAACUACAAGCAAUGGAAAAAGAAGAUGUUGACGGACAGCAAGGUGGAGAAAACAAGGCUGUUAUCGAAGAUCCAAGAUGGCAAGAUACCAAUUUUGUUCUAUCAAAUUACAAGACUGAACAAUGUAAGAAGCCUCCACGUCUGUGUCGGCAAGGUUAUGCUUGUCCAUAUUACCACAACACAAGGGAUCGAAGAAGAAGUCCAAGGAAAUUUAGAUACAGAUCAACGCCAUGUCCACAUGUCAAACAUAGUGAUGAGUGGGGAGAGCCAUCAAGUUGUGAAAUUGGAGAUAACUGUCCCUAUUGUCAUACAAGAACUGAACAACAGUUCCAUCCAGAGAUAUACAAGUCUACAAAAUGUAAUGAUAUGCAGCAGACUGGAUACUGUCCAAGAGGUCCAUUUUGUGCUUUUGCUCAUGUUGAUCAGGAAGCAGCAGUUGGUAGAGAGAUGGUUGAGGAUGAUUUUAAUGUGUCUUUGCCUUUAGGAAUGUUUUCUAUGGAUGGUUCUCAAACAACUAGCCAACCUCUACCAAUUGGUAAACCUUCAAGAUCAUUAUCUACAUCAUCUGUAGGAUCAGGAAGUUUUAGUGAACCUCUUACUCCUGGAGGUUCUUAUCCAAAGGCACCUGGAUCUGAGAGAUCUGAAAGAACUAGUAGCAGAGAAGAAGAUUAUCAGGCGGCAGUAAGGAGGCAACUUUUAACGAUAGAAAAUGAUCCAAGUCUGGAUGAGACAGAAAAGGCACGAAGAAAACAGAGUUUCAUAGCUUCAAGAGCAUCUUUUUCGUCAUCUUCAGGUUCUGCUCCUCCAACCCCUUCUAGUGUUUCUGCUUCUGCCCCACCGUUUUAUCCAGCUGCAGACACUGUGGAAUCUGUAGUGGAAAGUGCACUUGAUGAUCUUAAUUUAGAUGACUUUGAUGUAACAGAACUAGAAAAAGAGCUAAAUAAUGCUUCCCCUUGUUCUACAUCAUUGGGCGAGUCUUUGACAUCUUUAUCUAUAGCUACCAUAGAGUCAGCUCCAGUCAGUAUUCCAGGAUCUUGUCAGUCUCCACAAUCUUUUACACCACAGUCACCCACCUCUCCUUUAGGACAUUAUGCUUCAUCAUUUGGAUCAUCAACAUCACAUAAGACCAACCCUUAUAGAGCUAGUCCGCUUAUACGAAGUGGCCUCCCCAGCACGAUAUUGGAACCACUCAGUACCCAGUUACGCUCUCCCAAACAGCUUGGAUCUCCUCAGCAACCCUCGCCUAUGGAUUUUGGAGGUGGUGCCGGGGAAUUUCAAAGAUUAAACGAGGAAAUUAUGUUAGCAAGAGCAAAAUUAGCAUCGUGGGAAGAAUGUUGGUUACAAGCAAAACAAGCUUGUGAAGCAUGGAAAAAUGAAGCAGAUGGAUCCUCAAAAAAGGCCAAGGAAUCUCAUAAUGAAAAACUAGAAGCACUUUUAAAAUUAUCAGAGGCAGAAAGUAAGGCCUUGGCCAUGGAGAAAGAGAUAGAAUGUAUACGAAAUAAUCCAGACAUCCAUGUUCUUAGUACAAUGUCCGAUUUAGGUGAUAUGUCUAUUUCACAAUUAACAGAGCUACAUAGGCGAUUAACUUCUGAUUUACAAGAAUUAAAUAAGGUUAUGAAUGUCAAGCAAUCAUUGCUAUGUAGCCAGUGUCAAGAAAACACCCGUAGCAUUGUGACCCUUCCGUGUUCACAUUAUUUAAUGUGCGAUGCGUGUGCAGCAAAGGAAACAGAUUGUCCAAAUUGUCACAAACAAAUAACACAGAAAAUCAAAGCGAUCAUUCCAUGACCAAGGCCAUGUUUACCAAAUGAUCAAACUUAGGGUUUUGUCUCUUUAAUUAUGAGCAGGGUAGGUAAGACCUAGAAGUGAAAAUAUUUUACAACAUAUUAACAGUCAGUGAGCCGCCUUUUAUCGACAAUAUCUCUUAAUUCUAACCCGAAUUUGAUGUGGGUUUGCAGUCACGCUCGUUCUUUUUUAUUGAUUAACUAGCAGAUAAAAUGUUGGCUCGUUCUGUGUGUCACUUUGAUUCUUAUACUCUUUUCAUUCUUAAAGAGACCAAUUAUAUUGUUACGUAUUUCUUCAAAUGAAACAUUUUAGGUGUUAUUAUUAUUAUUAUAUGUAUAUAUAUAUAUUAGUAUUACCUUAGGGAAUCAAGGCACUUUUACCCUAAAUCCCUAGAGAAGCAAGUUAAGUGUACGAAUCUAGAUUUUAAGGUAUAAUUAUUAAGACACUAUUGUAUUAUUGCAAGGACAUUUAUUAGGAUUUUCCAAUGUUAACAUUUCCCCCCGGGAAGUUCAAAAUUUAUUAUUUGCAGCAAUUAAUUAUUGUUACCCUUGGAGAUGGUAGCUCUAUUGUGCUGGAUGUACAUUUUAUCCAGUGUAUUUAUCAGCACUUCUUAUGCAGAGAAUUAUUAAAAAAUAAAGAAAUAUAUACAAUUA